AGCCAAUCCUGAUGCAGAAAGCAGGACGCGCCCAUCUCGGAAGACGCUGGAGAGAGCAUUGAAGGGAGGGUUCUGGGGACUAAAGGGACCGCGGGACGGUCUGGAGUCUCUUGGCCGGGUUGGAGCCGCGGGAGGGCAGACGGAGGUGGACGCUGACCGAGGCUAGUGGUGCUGGGCCUGCACGACGGCGGAGAUGGACAUGAGGAGCGGGACGGGACGUGGGAUGGGCCUGGGGAAUAACAGGCAUUCCUCCUUCCCAGGGCUGGAAUUGAAAGGCUAGACCGGAGGUCCGGUGGCAUCUAGUUGCCUUGGCAACCGGCGCCUCGCGGCGGUCUGGGCGGGGUUAACGGGCAGUAGGAGUGGGGAGAUCUGAGUGGGACUCAGAGGUGACGCGGAGCGAGCGCUUUAGCGCCGUAAGAGAACCGUCACGGUGGAGUUGGUUUUCAUCGCAGAGUUUCCACCUCACCCUGUGUGCUCUGCAGAGCUCCUCAGAUGAUUGUGCACAAAGAGAGUAUGCCGUGAGCCUGGGCUCCCAUGGCAUCGAAACGCAAAGGCGCGGAGCCCUCCCUGGACUCCCCCUGGGAUGCCAUCCUCCAGGCUGCCAAAGCCCAGCUCCCAUCCCUGGACUCCGACUCAUCCUUGUCAGACUUCGAGACCGAGGAGCCAUUCAUCUUCCAGCGGAACCAACCUGUCCUGAUUCCAGACCUGGCCGAGGAGCUGGCUGAAGACCCUGGUAGUUGUGACAAAUCUGAGACCUGGGUCCCUGGAGCUAAAAGGCCUUCGCCUGAGCCAGUUGUGGAGGCUAUGGGACUCACUGCAGAACCCGGGAAUGAACAGAACGCAAGGACAAAGGAGUGCGCCUCUUGGGAAGGAAGGAGCCCUGGCCAGCCACUCAAGAGCUGUGCUGAGACCCGAAUUCUUCCUUGGACAGAGGAGGCGUGGCAGGAAGGUGAACUUGGGAGCCUAUCCUUCAACACCAAAGGAUUCCAGGAUCCUCCCUGGGGUCUGCAGGGAGAAGCUACUCUUGCCUCUGAAGGACAGCCGAAGACAGAGCCCUUGGGUGCUGCCUGGCAAGACUGUGCAAAUCGCAGAGCCCUCCGCCAGGAGAGGCGGAAGAUGAUAGAGAAGGAUGUGCUCCAGAAAGUAACCUGGGGUCCCCAGGGUGCAGCCUGCGGUGACCAAGGCCAGGCUGCAGAGUCAGGUCCCAGGCUAGCAGCCCACUUGAAGGGGCCGUGGGAAGGCCAGCCUGUACUCUCGCUCCAGCAACUUGAAGAGUGGGACUUGGAUUACAUCCUUCAGAGUCUGCCAGCGAGCGAAGACAACCAGGGAAAUUGUGCACCCAGAAGCGCGUGGUGGGCAGCUGACCUCUGCCAAGGCCAAGGCCACACUGUGCCACGAUCCCAGGACAGGCUUCUGGAGCAGCUGGUCCUCCUGUGUGCGACGCAGCAUGGAACCCCCACCUCUGCCCAGAAGGUGCCUGCCCGUGUGCGCAAAGACACCAAAGAACAGGAGGCCGGAAGCAGAUGUACUUCUAUGAAGCUGGGCUCUCAGGCUGUGCCAGGCCAGAAGCUAGCUGGGGGCAUGAGGCUGAAGACAGAGCCUCCUACCAUCUUCAUUGACCUGCGACAGACAGAACCGCCGGAGCCACGAGACCAGUCCCCAGGAAGUCUCAGCCGCAGCUCCUCUGACAGUGGGGAGGAGGAGGAGGACACAGAGGCUCUGGGAGACCAGCAGGGCCCAGCGCAGCAGGCACCUCUUUCCUCCUGGAGCCUACGGGACUGUACUGGGAAGAGCCAGCUUCUCCAGCAGCUGAGGGCAUUUCGGAAGGGAACGGCUCUGCCCCAACUGCCUGCGAGCGGGCGUAGCUGUGGCCAGAGAGCUCAGGUCACUGAAGAUGCAGCCAGAUCCAGAAGUGAGAAAAAGGAAGACCAAAAACUCUGGGCAGAGGGGCAGAGUGCCCAGACCAGACUCCCAGGACACCCCGGGGCCCUGGGGCCAGCGUCAGCCAGGGAGACCCUGGUGUCUCCUCUGGGCCAGCUGCAGGCUCCUCAGGAUGCUGCCCCAGCCUGCCCCAUGGAACAGCAGAAAAAUCACUGUCAUCUGGAUGUCUCCAUGCCAUGGGCACGGGGGCAACAGAGGGUUCGGCUGCACAGUGCUGAGAGGGCCCAGGGAUCCCUCCGUAGCGAGUCCUGAGCAGGCAGAAGACCCCACGUGACUCUGGCCACCCUCAGCCAGCGGCACCAUCACACAAACUCCAGCCACAGGCAGCCAACGUCACGGCCUCAGACUCCUGCCCUGCAGACCUGCCCCUCAGCUCCCACCCAGCCAAAAGGGGCGUCUCCAUUGGCUUCCACAAAGGCCACACAAAGCGCCCCCCGCUCCACAAAAGCAGAAGGAAGCUGCUCCAGGCCACCUCUCCUUGCCCUCCGCCCUGCUGCAGCUGUUUAACUGUCAAAAGCAAGGGUGACUUUUCCCCCCUCUAACUUCAUUUUCUCUCAUCCGCACACCUCUUCAUAGCAGGAAGUUCAUUUAGAAUGUUUCACAGUAAUAAAAAAUAAACUCUGUUCCAGCUUCA